AAUCGCGUUAAUCAGCUUUUGCAUGGUCUGUACCUGUACCGCUCUUCUGACGUCUGACCUGUCUCGGUCAUGUACACGUGCGCACUGAUCAAUUAAUGAUUUAGGCAUGAAGGAGUCUGCGAGCUAAACACGCAAUCCGGACCGUGUCCGAGGCGCCCGUCACGGAGUAUACCUGUCAUGAAGCAAAGUGAAGCGAUCGGCGGCAAAGAUAGGAUGGACGACGAACGGCAUAGGGUCUGUGAGAUUGAUGAAAUCGAGAAUUCCGACGAGAGUGACAGGCCGUCCGGUGAGAGGUGGGCUCCUGUCGGCGCGAACGACGGUGACAAUGAAUUCGCGGACGAAUACAAAUACGUCAAUGCCAUGGAGAAUCUUACAUAUGAUAUGGAGAGAGUCAAGGUGCUGGAAGAGGAACAAGAGAUGUUAAACUCAUCUCUAAUAGCAUUAACUACUCAUUUUGCUCAGGUUCAGUUUCGUCUCCGACAAAUUGUAGAUGCACCAGCCAGUGAAAAGGAGACCUUGCUCAAAGAGUUAGAAGAAUUUGCAUUUAGGGGAAUACCAGAUGUACCAAAUAACUUAUUAUUAGACAGCAGAUCUAUCACACCGGUUUCUCCUAUAUCCUGUGACCAAAGUGUGAACGGUGUAAUCACCGAUGCGGAGAUCGAGUCUAAAAUGGCAUUGCAAAGAACGAAACAGAGAGAACUGAUAAGUCAGCUGAAAUCUCAAUUGGAGGAUCUGGAAAAGUACGCGUACGAGACAGGCGACGCUGAUCUACCGCAGAGCGUUAUUUUGGAAAGACAAAGUAUUAUAAUUAGUCAUUUGAAAGAGAAACUGAACUUCGAUGUCGACGAUUUGUGUAAAUUGCCGGCGGACGACCUCAGAUGGCAAGUCGAUUACGCGAUAAGUCAAAUUGUCAGCCCACUGAAGAUGAAGGAACAAUUAGUCUGUCAGUUAAAAACGCAGAUUGCUGACUUGGAGCGUUUCAUAAACUACCUUCAAGGAGAAGUCAGUACAGAAACUUUAGCGUGCACAUGCGCAUGUCCGGUGCACGCCGGCGGCUCGGGCUCGAGCACAGGCUCCGGCACUUCAGCUUCCUACGCCAAGCGGCACUUCAAUAGGAAAUCCAUCGAAGAGGACAGCAACCGCACCAGGACACUCAACACUGUGCGGAAGGUGGUCGCGUUACUGCACAUGUUCCUGAUGUCGCAGCUGGGCUGCGGCAGCGAGCGCGUGCGUCGAAACUUCAAAAAGAACCCGGUGCACAACUGGCGAGACCUGCGCACCAGGUUGGACAUUGCCGUGGAGCACGUGCUGGAGACGAUCGCCGAGGCGCAACGGCAUCCUGAGGAGGAGGACGACGACAUCGACAACGAGAACGACUACACCUCAGAUUCGGACUCCACGUCGCACGCGAACGCGAAGCUCACAUCCGCGGUGAGGAAGCACUUCGCCGCCUCGAUCCGGGAUCUGAUGCAGCACGGUCUGACGUCCGACGUGCUGCGCUCCACCAGCGUGGUGCCGUUCGUCGGCUGCUUCCCGCAGCGGAACGUCUCGUCGUCCAACUUCAUGCACGCUUGGGAGCUGAUACUCAAAUACUACGAGAUCAAGAACGGACGACGUUACAACUCCAGUCCGGCGCAGAAGCUCUCGCAGAGUUUCAACCUGGACCUCGCGGCUGGCAGAAUAGCGUCCUCUAAACAAAGCUUACUGACGACCAUAGGUAACAUCAUCGCUUCCCACAGUCCGUACAAACGAAGCUACGACUCGCACUUCAAGGCAUUCAUAUGCGCGGCUUUGAACGCGAAUAAGCUCGUGGUAUGGCUGAAACUGAUCUUACAAUGCCAAUACCUUCUGGAGCAUUAUUAUCUCUCGUGGAGCUACGUUGUAAAGACAGGUUUCCAAGAUGCAUUUCACACUUUGGAUCGCCUCACCACUUACAAGUUCGACUUACCAGUGGACCUGGCUGUGCGACAGUUUCAAAACAUCAAGGACGCGUUUUGAUUGUAGCGUCUCAGCUGGUCUGUCGUUAUUGUUUCGUGCAAAUAACGAUAUAGGCAACGUAGAACGUAUGUGUACUUUUAGUACUUUCUAUAACACAAGCUACACAGAGUUAUACAAUCGAAAACAGUAUAUAGAAUGAAUCGCUGGAAAUAGAACGCUGAAACGUACCUCCCUCUCUCUUGGACUCAAAAAUGCAACAGAAUUUCCGAUCUAAGAGACAGAGACACUUGGCUCACCUAUUUCACGGUGAUUUACCUUCUUUGCAUGUCAAGACAUAUGCCGAACGUGCGUCGAAAUCAUUGCACAUCUCCAAGUAUCAAUAUCAAUAUGCAAAAACAUUCCUUUCUCAGUUCUUGAGUAUUCGUUGUACCAAAUGCAUAUAGAGUUGAAUUGCAAUAAUUAAUAGGUGUAAUUAUUUACUUUAUAAGAGGCAUCAUCAGUAUUGUAUAGAUCAGUUAUAAGUGUACAAGCCUUGUUUCUCAUCUAUCGUGCACGACAGACACGAUAUCUAUAUAUAGUCUGCAAACUUUAAGAGGGAAACUUGAUUAGGAUCUGUGAUGUGUCUAUAUCCAGAUGUUUUCCAUCGCGGCACGCAUAUAUAAACACAACGUUGCCUGUUGUUAAUUAAAGAGACGGACUGAAUCAAGUGAGGCUAGUCACCCUGAAGGAAACCUUCCGUAUUUUGCACGUCGAACGCGAAGUCACAUUUAUGAGCGUGUUUAAGGGAGACAUACCAAAAAUAUAUAUCACGAUGUAACGCGACUAAAAUUGUUGCACUGGACGCAGUUUGUAUAUCACAAGGCGUUUAAUGUAUAUCUGUAUGUAUAAGGUAGCAUAUAAGAAAAUAAUGUAAUAUAUAUAUAUAUAUACACAAGACGCAAACCAUCUGCUUUUUAUAAGAUGAUGAAUUAUUUUAAGUUAGUUCCACAGAUAGAGAGACACACUGCUGCGAAAAAUAUACUUACGAUGCAAAAUGUAAA